ACUGAAUUCAGUUGGCUCGGGUGGCUUAAACAAGACACAGCGAGAAGAGUGUGACAGCAGGACCGCUGUUCGCGCAUGAUGCUGCACUUGGUGUGCUGGAACGUGGCGGGAUGGGCGACCACUGUUGACUGCAUCAACAGGCGGCAUGGAGACGUUGCAACGUGGCUGGCAAAGAACAAGAUUGACAUCCUGUGUUUACAAGAGGUGAAGGUGACGGCUUCAAGGCUUGCAGAGCAGCCCAAGCUUGCUGGCGUCACACCAGCACUUUUGGAAAAAUACGAUUGCUUCUUCUCGUGUUGCUCUGCUGGCACAUCUCGUGGCUUCAACGGCGUUGCCACCUUUGCACGGAAAGGGCUCACAAUCUCCGCCGACCCGCAGCCGUUUGCUGACCAUGCUCUCGACUGCGAAGGGCGCGCAAUUGUCACCGUACACGACGGCUUUGCCAUCUUGAAUGUGUAUGUGCCGAACGACGGUGCCGGCUCUCGCCGCCUCCCUUUCAAAAUGCGGUUCUUGCGAGCCAUGGAGGAUUGCAUGCAGCGAUUGCGCAAUCGUGGCUUUAAAGUCCUGGCCGUUGGCGACUUUAACAUCGGACGAAGGCCAGAGGACAUUUCGUGGGAUCACCGCAUUCUGAAUGUGUCAUCAUUCAUGCGGAUGGAACUUCCAGAGGCCGACGCCUCCCGUGACGAGCGCUUUCUCUCCUCCCUCUUCUCCGCGCCUUGCUGCAGCCACUGCGGCUGGCACGGCUGCUUGUGUCUCCAUUGCAGCCCGUCCUCAUCUCGUCCCGGCACCACCUCCGCCCCAAGCACAUCCAGCGCAGCACCCCGCACAAGCACUAGCAGCAUAAACGGCCGAGCCAGUUUGUCGGCACAGACCUCGACACAGCCGUCUUCGUUGUCCACACCCUUGCCACCAACGCCAACACCAACACCAACAACGCAAGCAGCGCAGGCAUCCACUGCCCUGAGUGAUCCCGCCUCUUCUGCCGACCCUUCAGCCUUCGCAGGCGGCACCAACGACGACACCAGCAGCGCGACCUCACCUGUGCCACCACCAUCGUCACCAUCGCCAUCACCGUCGCCAUCGAGGCGCGGUGUGCGUCGCCACGGCCUCUGCCGUUUCUGCCACGUUCACCUCCACGACGACGAGGCAAAACGCGAGAGGAAGCGCAUCAAGCACAUGCGAGCGGCCCUACGGCAAGCGCGCGCACUCCAGGGCGUGUUGCGGGAGCACUGGCCUGUGGUGACGCAUGCGCUGUCGCAGCGUGUGGUGGAGGAGCAAGAGGUGACGCUGAAGCGAACCAGCAAGCAGGUCAAGUACCGCGUGCGUGUGCGCGGUGUGCAGGGACGGGUGCGAUUGGGACAGCCCUGCGAGACAAGGGCGCGUGCCGAGCAUAUGUACACGUUCGAGAAGCGCGUGAUCAAGGAUGACGACGGAACCGGCGACGCAUACCUCGUUCGCGGCGCGGAUGAGAUGUGCAUUGCAGACAUUGUCGAGUGCUUGGACAAAAUCGCCGGCGUGUCGUUGGCAGACUGGCAGCAGCGGUGCCUGGGGAUGUUCGCCCUGCCCAUCUCCAGCCCGCCCUGUGUGCAGUGGCUGAACACCCUGCUGGAGAAACGUGGGUGUGUGGAUGUGUUUACGUCGUGCUACCCUAAUGCGCAGGCAAGGUUCACCUGCCACGACCAAUACAAGAACCGCCGCUACGAGAACAAGGGCUCACGCAUCGACUACAUUGUGCUUGACGGCGACUGGAAGCACCGCGUUGUUUGCUCCCCCGCCGAUUUGAUUACGUCUCCGGACUGCCCAAACCCGUUUUGCGCCAUGUGUGCGCUUUCCGCAGUCACCUUGAACGGCAGGUGGAAACCGGCACCAUUUGACGGGACGGGAAUGGUUGCAGGUCGACAAGAGGACUACGAGGCGCACAUCACGCGCCCGCGGACAGGCGUUGUAUACACGCCACCGCAGUACUCGGAUCACCUCGCCAUUGCCGUCGUCCUCGACUUGCCCGCGCUGGCGCCACAGAGGUUGAGCGGGGACAAGGCAACACGUGGCGCACAGCCGCACACGGCCAUCAAGCGAAUCAGCAGCUUUUUUUCCAAGCGCGCGAAGCGUCAAGCAACGGCAGAUGGACAAGGUGGACGACCAGGCGACGACGUGGACGCACCCACACACGCCAACACAGUGGAUGAGGGCGACGACCAAGCGCAGCAGCGGAUUACGGGCGCGGAGCCAGCGCCCAGCACACCGUCAGCGUUGUUGGCCCCGUGCACGCCAGCACCAGCGAUUGCCACCUCAGCUACAACAAUCUCAGCACCAGCAUCAGCAACGACAACACCAGUGGCAACGACAAUACCCGGCGCCAGAGCUUCUCUGGACGCAAGCGCCAGCGUCUCGUACUCAAACGACACUCAAUCUCCAUCACUGUCGUCAUCGUGCUCAUCGUCAUCCACGUCGUCAGCCAUGACGAAGAAAGCCAAAGUGGCCACCGGCACAAAGGCAGUGAAGAGCAAGAAGCCAGCGCCAGCAAAGCGCAAGAGCAGCAGCUCCAAACAACAAGCAAAGAAGAGUGCACCACCCGGACAGCGCAAGAUAUCCGCGUUUUACAAGCAGUAAUUGGUGUGUAUUUGUCAUAGCUAGCUGCCAGUGGGCGAACCUCCAAACACCGCCCAUACGCUUCCACUUUGUCACCUGUCCACACUGAUUCUUUAAAGAUUGAAUGCAGAGAGCGCC